AUGUGUGGGCGAUCACGAUGCACAUUGGCGCGUCAGCAGGUGGCAGAAGCAGCGGGUGUCUCUCCGGAGGAGUUUAUCGAUGGAGACAAAUACAAACCGGUGGAGAAUAUGGGGCCAGGACGAUGCGGACCAGUGCUUUUGCAAUGCGGUGGCGAAAAGGUAGACAGUGAGACGAAAGCGAAGACGCGUCUUCAGGCCAUGCGGUGGGGACUUGUUCCGUCAUUCACCAAGGCUAAUGCAAAGCCAGAUCAUUUUCUGAUGUUCAAUGCCAGGUACACCAACGAUAAUAGUGGGUGUGCUAGAACUGGAUUAUUAUGUGAACGAUGUUGUUCCAGGUCCGAGAGUCUCAAGGAAAGACCAGCGUUCAAGAGACUCGUGGAGUCAAAGAGAUGUGUAGUGGUGUGUGAAGGGUAUUACGAGUGGCACCAAGUCGACAAAAGAGAGAAACAGCCGUACUACUUUUACCGCGAGAAAAGUCUGAUGAAGUUUGCAGGGCUAUACGAUCGCUGGAAAAACGAGGAAGGCGAGCUGAUGUACACCUAUACUAUCCUCACCACUGCGAUCGCGUCAGAGAUGAAGUGGUUGCACACCCGAAUGCCGGUCAUUUUGCCGCUGGACGAAGAUGUUGGUCGGUGGCUUUCCGGUGCAAAGUUUGAAGACCUCAAAGGUUUGCUGAAACCGCAUAGCGGAAGCGACUUAAAGUGGCAUCCUGUGGACAAGAGAGUUGGAUCGAUGCAGUUUCAAGGUGAAGAAUGCGCCAAGCAGAUCAACAUUAAGCAUGCAGGCGACAUCAAGUCGUUCUUUGGAGUCAAGACAGAGAAGCAAGAGCCUCGGGUGUCUUCACCAAGGAUACCACCAACGACGUCCGACAAGACGGACGAGGUACUAAGCAGUGAUUCUGUUGCCAGCUCUUCGGUCAAAAAGGAAGAGCAAAGUGUCGACCCCGACGCUAGGCUGGCAAAACGCUGUCAACAGUUUCCCACCAACUUUGUGCCAGCCUCCUCGCUCCUGGGCAAAAGCUUCGCGGAUGAAAAGGAGGCGACUCAACCUGAACAGCUGAACCAAAAGCGCCGUCGCGUGUCAUCUCCAUCACGACCGAAAAAGACGUCCACACUCAAGUCGCCAGCCAAGUUCAAGAUGUCGCCCGGCCCGAAACAAUCGUCGCUCGACUUUUUUUUCAGCAAGGGGUCGGCUCCGAACUGA